CAAGAAUGCGUUGGUCGACUCGAAUUAUUAGCCGGCCCGGGGACAGAAUUGUUCUCGGAUCCCCGGGCCCAUUUCCAGGGCUUCCCAUCAGCACAUAUGACAUAUCAGGUCAGGAGAAAACAUAAUACUUUCUUUCCCCACCCUCUGUUUUGCACCCUAUCAAAAGAAACUCUCCCAAACAAAAUGGGCAGCAGCCAGCAGGUGCAACACCAGAACUAUCUGGCAAAUGUAACCUAUAUUACUGUUUAGGCAGUUUAGCUAGACAUAUAUAUGUUAGUACUAUAUAGUCUAC